UAAAAUUGUUUAGUCUUUCGUUAUAUAAAUAAUUGUGUAAUAAAAGUUUGAUUUUCAUACAAAAGAAGUAAUUAUCAUUUAUUCACUAUUGUGAUAAGUUAUAAGCGAAAUUAGCACAAAGUGACGGUUACAAUUUCAACUGGUAAUAAACUUAUGAUAACAAAAUUUCGACCAAUCGCGUAGCUAGUUAGUAGGACCUGCGCUGUAAUUCAAUUUAAAUUUCUACAAAAAACAUACCAUCCAAACAUUUAUUACUAAAGAGUAAUACCUAAAUUAUCCGCGGUUUAAUUUUUCGCGAUGUUUAUGAAUGAUGUGAACAAAAAAGAAGAAAUUCGAAAUGCUGUGAUAGAAGAAUUGCGCUCUUUUGGAAUUAAAUAUCGACCAAAAAAAUCUAGACAGAAUGUACAGGAACAAAGAAGAGGAAACCGAGUUUUCGGUAUUUCAUUGCAUUUAUUGCCCAUGCAAACAGUAACCUUAGAGAGUGGACAACAGCUAACUGUUCCAAAACUACUUCAUAAAUUGUGUUCUUAUACUCUGACCAUGAUCGAAACAGAAGGUUUAUUUCGAAAGGAAGGAUCAAAAGCUAGACAAAACGAAAUAAAGCUAUUAUUGAAUGCAGGUUGUACUCUAAGUGAUGAGCAUCAUGUUAUUGACAUUGCCUGCCUUUUAAAAACAUUUUUUAGAGAACUACCAGAUCCUUUAUUUCCUCAUAAUUUCCAUGACUUAUUCUUAAGAUGCACCAUUUCACAGGAAAAUACUUUAAAGUCAGCUCUCUUAGGUUGCUUGCUUCUGCCUACUGAACAUCUUAAUACUUUAGCCUAUUUUAUGCAGUUUCUGCAGUAUGUGACAGAAUUUUCAUAUGCAAACAAAAUGGAUGCAAAUAACUUAGCAAUAGUCUUUGGACCGACCUUAAUGCCCCUAGAUAAUAAAGCAACCUCACAAACUACACAGCUUCAAAUGUCGAAAGUGUGCCUUUUAUUUAAAUUGUUAAUUGAAAAUUCAAUCCACAUAGGAGUUUUACCUGAAAGUGUUGUUGAUAGAAUAGCUUUAUCAUCUAGCUCUCUUAACUCACUUACAGAAGAAGACAGUGCAAAUUCUAAAAAGAAAAGGAGACGUAGAAGUGGCUCUUUAACAAGGAUGUUUAAUGGGCUGAUAAAAAUGGUAGGUGGUAAUGGUAAGCCUUCUGAGGAACCAACAGAAGAAAAAGAAAUAAGUCCAAAUUUAUUGCAAACUCCAAAAGUUACUAAAAGUGCCAAAAAGAGGAAACUUGAAAGCACAGGAAUUUCACAUAAGAAAAAGAAAGAAGUGCUUGAUAGUUUGCCACAAAAUUCAAUUUUAUGCACCCCUUACACCCCAUGUAAAACACCAGUUAGUAGGAAUCCUAACCCAAAAAACGAAUCGCCUGUACCUUCAACACAAAAAUCAAUCACUCCAACCACAAAAUUAACAUUAUCUAAAAAUAGAAAAUCCCAGUGGAAUUUAGUUAAAAAGCAAAAAUCAAAAAAAGAUUUGAUAACCCCCAGUUUAGCUUCUAGUCACAAUUCUGGAACAAAGAGUCUGUUAGAUCUCAACUGGCCAUCUGUAAGUUUUAAGAAAAGCAAAAAGAGAAAUUCCUGUAUCGCUUCAUCAAAGAAUAUACACGACGACAAUAACCAAACAGAAACUUCUACAGAUUCAUCAGAAAUAGAUGCGAAUAGCGAUUCGAAAUUGGAAGUAGACAGAAAACCUGACUUUAUAGAAGUUCCUCGAACUGAAUACGAGGAAAUUAAGAAUCGAAUUUCUACAAUAGAAAAAGGACUAAAUAUGGAACUCGAAGCUCUUGAAUCAGUUGUCAAAAAUACUAACAUACAUGGAAUAGCUAAAGUACAGACUGAAUAUGAAAAAAUUCUGACAAGUUCAGGCAAUUUGAGUCCUACAACAGAUCAACUGGCCCGUCGUUUGAGCAAAGAACUGAAAAUUCGAAGGUCAUCCGAACAUAAAGUGAUGAGAUCGCCAAGUGCCAGGAAAAUCGGUAGCCUUCGAAGACGUUCACGAGAACUGGACUUGAAAGAUAAAAAUAACAGAGUGAAAGUAGCUCGUACUAAAACUUGGCAUGAUGAGAAUCUUCAAACCGCAAAAAGGGUUAGUUUGAGACGGGGAAAACCGAACACAGUGCUCUCUGGACUUCCACAAAAUAUUCCUGACAUAACUAAAACUAACGCACCACAAACAUCCACCAUGAUUACAAGACAACUUAGAUCUCAUACGUACGAUACAAACCGCAAUUCCAUAGUACAGAUUCACGCACCAAAACACCAAAGAUCGUCAUUAAACCUUAAUGCAUGUGAUAGAAGCCCUAGACAUUCACAUGUACGAAGAUCGUUAAAUAUUGAAAGUACACAGAAUCGUUCCAAAAAUUUGUCAGAAAAAUGGAUGAGUGCCGAAGGAUUUUUUAGAACGUUAAAAACUCCUACGGGUGGUAAAGGUUUAGAUAGUUGUAGGGCUUCUAUUGCUAGAUUAAGAAGUCAAAAUGCAGGAAUGGUAAUGGCUAAAGCUAAACUGUUUGAUCAUCUUUCAGAAUCUGACGAUUCGCAAAAGGCGUUGCAGCAAAUACCAGUGAACAAUAAGAUUCAAGCAGGGAAGAAGAUUGGUUCUGUAAGAGUCACAGAGAAGCCACGUACUUUGAGGUAUAGUUCGCCUAGAAAAAGAGCUUGCAAAGCAGUGCAUUCCAACAUAAAUAAUAGCAGCGAUAAAGAAAAUCGAUUCAUUACAACAGAAGGUGUCUUGCAAGAUAAUUUAUCGAAAAAUGUGCCCAUAAUAAAGAAAAGUCUGACGAAGAAAUCUCCAAAGAGAUUGGCCCAUGCAGUAUCGUGCCAUGACAUUAGAAAGACACCUCUGAAGGUUGUUGCCCCUUCAGAGUUGAACUGCUAAAUAAUUAUUUUGUGAUAGACAAUAAUUUAAAAAUAGGGAAAAAGUUUACUCAGUUUUAAGAGUCGUUUUAUAUUUUAUAAGGAUUUUUGUAUUCGUUAUUUCGUAAAUAAAUAAAAGUGUCAUUU